UACCACCGGGCCUUGUGCUCAUAUUGAACCGAUCGGGUAGUGGGUUCGAAUCGCGGUUUUUUUUUUCUCGGAGUGUCACAAGAGGAUAUCUGUACAAAAUGGCACAGGCUUGCGUACUAGUCGCAAUCGUCGCAAUAUUAGUUCUAUCACACGGAGUUAGUGCAAAACGAGGCUGCUCUGCAUUUGGACACUCUUGCUUCGGAGGACACGGAAAGAGAUCGGAUUCCGCUAUGGAUACAAGUCCUGAGAUGAUAGCUCGCCACCAGCCUGGACAAGAGGAGACGGCCCCCCACCCGGUAUACCCCCACUCUGGGUACAGCGGCGUCCUGCCUCCGGGAGACGACAUCAUACCCGUCAGAGAUGGAGGUUUGUACGAUGACAACGCCGCUCGGGACGUGAUGAAGUUCAAAUUGAGGAACAUCGUGCAGCAUUGGAUGGACAACUACAGGCGGCCACAGCAAAACGACGACGGUUAUUUUAUUGAAAACUUGUAAAAUUAAAUUCUUAUAAAGUUAUACAAUCCGUUACUUAUAUAGAAAAUAUGUCUGUCAAUACAUAAAUUGGGAGCUUGAUUUCUGUAUAAAAAUAUAACGUUGAUAUUUUUUUUUAUUCGCACCUUUUGUGUCAUAGAUAUACAAUCUUUCUUUUUUAAUUGAAAUUUCAUUCGGUCAAUGCUUUUACGCUACAAAUGAAAAUGUUUCCAUAUGUAGGUACACCUUUUCUAAAAAGAGUUUUUGAUUUGAACAUUUUAACCCUCUAAUUAAGCUAUGGAUAAAACAUAAAAGAGAGUUGUAAAAUUAUUUUUAAUAUAUAUAUAUAUAUAUAUAUAUAUUUAAAUUCAGGCUUUCUUUCAACGAAUUUUAGUAUACGAAAAACAAGCCCCCAAAAGCAAAGUCGUUAAAUCGUCUAAAUAAUAACAUUAUAAGUAAAAAUUAAAAUACGAAAAUUUCUUGUCAAUUAAUGGUGUCACAUUUUAAUAUCUACGUCAUAGAUACGUCUUUAUUACUUUUAAGUAAUAAUUUACUACGUUUUCUGAAGGCUGGCUUCACUUACUAUAAAUUGUAUAAAAUCUACGCUUUUGUAAAUUAAUGCUUUUCUGUGCUAUAUUUAUUUUUCACAGUUAUCUUUAACAGGUGUACGCAGUCGAUGGGUUGAUGUAUUAAAAAAAGUUUCAAAAUAUAAAAUAGAACGCAUACGCAGAAUACAUACACAUGCGCAUACACAUACGCAGAACGCAUUUACCACCAAAAAUAUUGCGUAAAAUUAUUAAUUCAAAAGUACAGCGAAAUUUAGUGUAACAUUGAAAAGUCUUGCGCCUGCGUACACCCCUUUCUUCCUUACAAUAUGUAUCUUUGUGAAUUAUUUGGUUUCCAAUAAAAAAAUGUUGUAUUUAUUCUACUAAACGUAAGUUUACCAUCAAAUAAAGAAAUGUAGUAGAAAAUGACUGUUUCUGUGAAUAAUUUGAGUAUUAA